AUGCUGUCACUCGUGCUCAUGAUCCUCUUUGUGCACAUCGCCAUCUACCUAAUCAAUACGAUCGGCGCGCCUACUAUCGAUCUCCUGCUAUGGCAACUCUACCUGAAAGUGCCGACCUCCACCUCUCGAAAUGCCCGCGAGCAGCAACGAUUGAAGGGCGAAGUCGUGAAGCUGAAGCGCGAAAUGAACAACACCAGCUCGCAAGACGAGUUCGCAAAAUGGGCCAAGUUGCGCAGACGUCACGAUAAAGCCCUGGAGGAAUUCGAGGCAAUGAACCAGACCAUCUCAACACAGAAAAGCUCUUUCGAUUGGGCCGUCAAGAUCGCGCGCUGGCUCAGCACCAACGGACUCAAGAUGUUCUUACAGUUCUGGUACUCGAAAACACCUGUCUUUGCCCUGCCGGAGGGCUGGUUCCCUUACUACGCUGAAUGGAUCCUUUCGUUCCCGAGGGCACCGCUCGGAUCCGUGAGUAUUCACGUUUGGAACAAUGUGUGUGCGAGCGCCGUUGCUGUUAUCGCGGAGAUUUUGGGUGCGAUGUUGGUACGGGUCAUUGGUCAACAGCAGGUUGCCAAUGGAGCCAAGAAGACACAAUAA